AUUCUCCCUCCCACAACCUCACCCUCCUACCUCUGACUACAAACCAAACCCACCCAACUCACCCCCAAAAUGACACCACCAACAACCCCAAUCCAAAUCCUCGACGGCGGCCUCGGCACAACGCUGCAAGACCACCACAACAUAACCUUCAGCUCCAGCGAAACACCACUGUGGUCCUCCCACCUCCUAAUCUCCUCGCCCGCAACGCUACUGGCGUGCCAGCGAUCCUUCAUAAAAGCCGGCAGCGACGUCCUGCUGACAGCAACCUACCAAGUCUCAAUCGAGGGAUUCUCCCGCACGAAGACACCAUCACACCCCGAUGGGAUUCCGCGCGAAGCAAUCGCGCCCUACAUCCGCACAGGGCUAGACGUAGCAGCGGAAGCGGUGGGCGAGACCGGUGCUAAGAUCGCGCUGAGCUUAGGACCGUACGGCGCGUGCAUGAUCCCGGGGCAGGAAUACAGCGGGGCGUAUGAUGCGGCGCAUGAUGACGAGGAGAGUUUGUAUGAGUGGCAUUUGGAGCGGUUGCGAUUGAUUGUUGAGGCAGUGCGGGCGGAUGGUGCGGAGUUGAAGGACAGGGUGCAGUAUGUUGCGUUUGAGACGGUGCCGAGGUUGGAUGAGGUGCGGGCUGUUAGGCGUGCGAUGAGGGCCGCGGGGCUGGAGGGGAAGGUGCCGUUUUGGGUGGUGUGUGUGUUUCCUGUUGAGGGGCGGGAUGCGUUGCCGGAUGGGAGUGAUGUCCAGACUGUCGUGCAGGCGGCGUUGGGUGGUGGCGACCUCCCGCGGCCGUGGGGCAUUGGUGUGAAUUGUACUAAGCUGCAUCGGUUGGAGCGGUUGGUGCAGUCGUUUGGCGAGGGCGUGCGGAAUGUGCUUGGGGAGCAGCUCGCGCAUGAGCAGAAGCCCGCGUUGGUGUUGUAUCCUGAUGGCACGCAGGGCGAGGUCUAUAACACUACUACUCAGGUGUGGGAGAAGAAGGGUGACGGGCCUGGCGCGGCGGAUGCGCGUCCGUGGGAGGUCCAGCUUGCUGAGGUCGUCAACAAUGCUCGUGCUGCCGGCCACUUUAGCUCCUUCCUCGUGGGCGGUUGCUGCAAAGCAUCGCAUCUAGACAUCGCCAAGCUGCGACAACAGUUUCAAUAAUCAAAAUGGAUCAUCCGUAC